GGGAGUGUUCAAAAACUUCAGGUUGGUAAGAAAAGAGAGUAAGGCGCUGUCAAAAAUUUAGUGGUAGAUGAAAAAAAGCAAGAAAUUCCUUGAUAAUGAUGCGAAAGAGAUAAGUUUGUGAAAAUUGGGGAAAAGUGAUAUGAAAAGUGCUUGAAAAGGCAUAAACUUUGUAGGAAAGUAGUUUUAGUGCGAAUUGGUAAGCGAAUUUGUGACGGGACAGCUGAGGAAGUGGGUGAAAAACAGGCGUGAAAAGUUGCCGUGUGAUUUGUAUUGUUUUUCUUUACUAAAAAAUAUUCGUCGAUUUUGUAUUAAUUAUGUCACUGGAUCUAGUAAUGUUUCCAAAAGAUGGUUUUGGUAAAACCUGAAACCGAUGAAGAGGAGGAAAAACUUCCCGUAUGUGAGAAACAUGAAAAACUAAAGAGAACUUUUGGCGAUAUAUUCAACUACCAACUCAAACACUGUCAUCGGAAUUGUGUUCACAAUAGAAGGGAAUCCCCAUCCAAGUGUACGUGUGAUUUUCGUUUUGACUUAGGCAAGGAUCCAUUUGAAUUAAAGAAAAGUCCCCAAAGUGUUGUUUGCACGGAUGAGUGCUUAUUGUGGCAAGAACGACAUAGUCGGCAGUGUAAAAUUCACAAAAUUUUACGUGAUCCUCUGGAUUGUCUGUGUAGCCAUGAUUCACAACUGAGUUGCAACAACUCCCCCAUCCUCAAUGGUAAAUCCCACAUUAUUCGGCCAGUGGAACCAGUGAAGCUUGUGGUGCCGGUAAAUCCUGUGACACCAGUAAAGUCUGUGACACCUGUGAAGAGUGUUCGUGAGGGUUUGACGGAGAAUUUGUUAAUAAGCAUUUCGGAUACCAGUGAAGAGGAGCAGUACGAGUGUAAGGGAGCAAUAUUGACGAGGGGUGCCCUCAAGAGGAAAGUGAUUGAGGUGAACAUUCAAUUUCAUGAGCAUAGUGGUAGUGUUAUUCCUGCAAAACGAAAAAAGGGUGGUGCUUCGAGGAAGCAACCAGUGAUCACGAGAGACGGUGUAAGAUUGCGAAAACGUCGAAAUCCUGAGAAUCAGGAAAAUCAACAAAGAGAUUUGUGGCAUGAUAGUUUCGAUCGUAUUGAAGUGAUUAAUUCAUUGCCAAAAAAGCGAAAUCCACGAAAACGACGAAUCCUGGAAACGUUUGAAAAUACCUCUGCAGCAGAUAUGUCUAUAUCCGACUACAAGAGACAAAUGCGAUCGGAUGCCAUCACCGAGGUGGCCGGUGGCUAUGUGAAGACAUCAGCAAAUGAUGAUCUACCCAGUGGGAAUGCAACAAAUCAUUUUAUGCACACAAAUUCAUCAUCUAUGGCCACAUUGAGUAACAUUGGGAAUAGUUGCUACCUUAAUUCAGUCAUUUACACCCUGAGAUUUGCUCCGCUCUUCCUGCACAACCUCCAUCAUCUUGUGAGUGAUCUCACGCAGCUGAAUCAGCGACUUGGGUAUCGCUACAAGAGUUCAUCGCUGGGACGAAAUGUUGGGGGCCUCCAAGGGUCCAGUGGACGGAGUUUGAGUAGCAAGGAUUUAGCAUCGCUAAAUACCAAUUUAUCCGAAGUCUCCAAAUCAAAUAGACAGAUUGUCACUGAGAAACUCCAUGAAUUAUUCCACAAUCUUCAUCGAAAUGAAUUAAUAGACGCCGAUCCCUUCCAUCCAGUACAUUUUCUCAAUGCAAUUCAAGAUGUUAGCUCAACAUUUGAAGGGAAUCAACAGCAGGAUGCCCAUGAAUUGCUAAUGUGUAUUCUGGACAGUAUUCGUGAAACAUGUCAGUCAUUAACGAAAAUAAUUUCCGACUGCCCAGACAUUGUACUAAAUGGAUGUGGAAGUGUACCGGAGCAAAUUGAAACGACACCACCACAGUCGACAACGAUAAAUUCAACGCAAUCGUUAAAGGCGCUUCUCAAUAAUUUGACACGAAAAUCAAAACGAAAAGAUGAUAAAUCGAAAUUAAUUAAACCACCCGAAUCACCUUCGCGGGAUAAUUUGAUAAAUGAUGCCCUAGAUUCGGCAAAUGCCAAGAAUAAGGGUAAAAUAUCUGAUGAGGAGAGUCAAGAGCAACGGGAGAAGUUGGAUGAGAAAAUCAAGAAGAUGGGAUUGGAUUUUUUUUGUGAGGAUUUUGAGGGUAUUACCGUGUCCACGACAAAAUGUCUAACAUGUGAAACGGAAACGGAACAAAAGGAGACCAUGAUUGAUAUUUCGGUUCCAAUUUCGGGGCAGGAGACUAUGGAAACAAUGGAAAAUGCACAACUUUUCUUUCAGAACUCGUGCAUUACCAAAGAAUAUUUUCGAGGUGAAAACAAGUAUAGAUGUGAAAAGUGUUUUGGCUACACGGAGGCAAUUCGAUCGAUAUCCUUUGAAGUAUUACCACGAUUAUUGGUGAUUCAGCUGAAACGCUUCUCUGGUGGCAUGGAAAAGAUCAAUAGUUACAUACCUACGCCAUUUACACUGCAGUGUUUCUGCCGAAAGUGUCAUGCACUGGCGGAGAAUAAGAAGAUUCACGUCUACAAAUUAUAUAGUGUGAUAACGCAUGUUGGUGCAACGCUAUCCGCGGGUCACUAUAUCACAUACACGUGCUCCCUUGAUUCCUACAGUGAGUACGUGAAUUGCGAUAAGGACAAGCGGAGACUGAUGCAGAAUCAGCAGGAGCAGCAGCAGCAACAGCAACAGAAUGCAGCAGGUGGAUCGGAAAGGAGCAAUGGGGGUUUGAUCUUGGAGAAGAUGGCACUAAAGAAGCGAUCGUGGUUGAAGAAGGGUGACAAUAGGAGCAAAGCUUCCAGUAGUAGUGAUUUAACAAAGAACUUAAAGACUAUGAAUGGGAAUACGGUUGUAGCUACGGCGAAUUCCACGCCAAAUGGGGCUGCAGCAGCCGAGGGGGCAUCCACCACGUGUCAAGCACUCAAUUGCUGUGGUAUUCACGCCAAGGAAAGUUUCCUCGUUAAUAGCAAUGGGAAUAAUAAUUACGAUAAUGGCCCAGUGGAAUACAACAGUAGUACUGCAGCACUUGGGGAGCACCAAGCUAGUGGGGUAAGUGCAUCAGCUCUUGAUUCCAUAACCGAAGUCAAUAUAAACGGAAUUGUACGGCCACUGGGGGCAACGGGGAGUCUCGGGAAUAGUGGUGGUAAUCUUCAGGAGCCAAUUUGGUUUAUGUGUGAUGAUGAUAAAAUUAAAUCAAUGCCCCAGCAAGAAUUCAAAGAACUCUUGUCACCAAAUCGAAAAGUCAUGAUUACACCCUAUCUUCUCUUCUACGCACGUAACGAUAUUAAAUAGAGAGAGAGAGACGUGGAGAGAGCGUGAGUGUGCCCCAUGGUGGCCAAAAGUCGAUAGAAUAUAAUACAAAAAGAAAUUAUGUCAUAAUAGGGAAAGUGUUUAGGAAGAGAAAAAAAAGAAAAAUCUAUGUAUAUAAUAACACUAUAUAGGUUCUCAUUGUGAUCUUGAACGGGAUAUAAAUAAAAACAGAUAAAGAGGGAAAAUAAAUUGAUAUUGAAUAUUACUUAAUUAAAAGAAAAAGAAAGAAAAUGAGAUGAGUGUGCUUCAAAAUGCAAAAUGUUUUAGUAAUUUAAAGAGAAUAAAAAAAAGAAAUGUUGUAAAAUGAUUAAAAAAAAUUGUAAAAUAAAUUGAGAUAAAAACGGC